AUGGCCAAGAAGGCCCGCCAGAGAAUCAGCUAUGUUCUCGAGAAUGCCAAAUCGUCCGAGGGUGGCCAUCGUUUGGGCGUAAAUGGCCUUGCUGUCGAUACGGACAAUGGCAUCCUCUACUCUGGUGGACGAGAUGGCAUCGUCUGCGCCUGGGACCUCGACCUCGACCUGAGACGACCCUCUACCGACACCCAUGAUUCGGCAGACAAGACUCGGUCCCGAAGCAAAUUCCGCGCCCAAGCACAGCCUCACACACAUUGGAUAAACGACAUUACCCUGGCGCAGAACAACACUGCCUUGGUCUCAGCGUCGUCAGAUCUUACGGUCAAGGUAUGGCGACCACACUCGGAGGAGGACUGCACGCGCACAGUCGCAAUCGGAGAGCACGCUGAUUACGUGAAAUGUGUCGCCACGCCUCCCGCCAGCAUCAAUGCCAACUGGGUUGCUUCGGGUGGUUUGGAUCGCAAAAUUUGCCUCUGGGAUCUCAACGGAGCCGGAAAGACGCUCGAGGUUGACGUCAAGGGUGAGGAGAUACUCGAGAAGGGAUCUGUGUACGCCCUCGCAGUGAGUCGUGACAUUAUGGCCAGCGGCGGACCCGAGAAGACGAUUCGACUCUACGAUCCUCGAACCGGCGACAAGGUCUCUAAAUUGGUUGGCCACUUGGACAACAUUAGAUCCAUUUUAAUUGACGACUCUGGUGACAUCAUCCUGAGUGCCAGUGCCGACAAGACAAUCAAGAUGUGGAGUGUCAAGGGCGGUCGCUGCAUGUACACUUUUACAAUGCACGACGAAAGCAUUUGGUCCCUGUUCUCCGAGGACCCAAGUCUCGGCAUAUUUUACAGCAGUGAUCGGUCUGGCCUUGUAGCCAAGACGGAUGUUCGAGGCAGCAUGGAAGAUUUGGAUAACGGGCUGAGUUUGGCGGUUGCACAGGAGCACUGUGGCGUGUCCAAGGUUGUCGCCGCCGGCGGUCACGUUUGGACGGCUACAAACCGGUCUUCAGUCAAUCGUUGGGGAGAUAUAGAUACCGACACAGACGCCUGCUUACCAGAGCCAUUCCGUCAUCAGAGGGCUGCCUCGGCAGCGUCCAACAAGCUUCGACAAGCUACAGUAGCUGGUGCUCAGGCGACAAGCAACAAGGAAAUCCCAUCCGAGUCUAUUCUCCGUAUUUCCAACACUGCUGUGUUCCCUGCCCGCGGCGUCGUCGAUGCCGAGCCCAACAACUUGAAUGAGUCGUUGACUAGGCGUGGAUCCGAAGUCGUGGUAGAGCAACCCGAUCCGGAAGUAAAGCCAAUUCAUCAAACACCAGAAGAGACCAUCGAAGGCCAGUUUGGGCUUUUGAAACACAAGAUGCUCAAUGAUAGGAGAAGGGUGUUGACAUUGGAUACUGCCGGUGAUGUCCUGCUUUGGGAUCUCCUUGCUUGCAAGCCAGUCCAGAGCUUCGGCAAACAGCAUCUGGAAGAUGUCGAGGCCUUGGUCAACACUCGUGAAGCUGUGGCGCCAUGGUGCUCAGUGGACUUGAGCUCUGGCAAUCUUACAGUUGUGUUGGAACCUUUCAACUGCUUCGAUGCCGAGAUAUACGCCGACGAGUUGAAGUUAGACGAGCCUGUAGAGUUCAGGGAAGACCAAAGAAUCAGCCUUGGAAGGUGGAUCUUGAGAUAUCUCUUCUCGAAUCUGAUUGACGAAGAAAUCAAGCGCGACGAAAGAUACCGGCAGAAAUUAAACGAAGAGGUCUCCAGGAACCAAGCCGCCGGUCGAGCCAAUGCACCUACGUCGAUUGAUAUUCCUCCGUCAAAUGUCUCGAACUGGGACAAGCCCGAUCAACUUGCCACGCCUCGAGCUAACGGCUCACAACUACACCAGGGCACUCCUGGCUUGGCAAUUGGCCUUGCAACUCCUGCGCCUGGAGCCGCACUUCCUGGCGUACCUGAAGAGGUGGUAUCUAGCCCUUUAAGCCCUACCGAAAAGGGAAAUACCGCAGACAAAGACGAUUACUUUGCUGGCGGUAGUGCUGUUGGGCCCGGUGCUCCAGCGACAGAGUCAUCGGAAAUGAAGACUUCGACGGAUAAUGGCAAUGAGAAGGGCAAGGACAAGGCGAGUGACACAGCCAAGUUACCCGGCAGCACCUUUGGGAAGAAGUUCCGAAUAUCCUUCAGCAGCAAGAAACUAGGGCGAUCAUCUUCCCAGGCGACGCAAGAUAAGCCCGUGGUGGUUGACGAAAAGGCUGAGGAGUCAGAAUCAUCUUCCACAAAUGAAAAGGAAGUGGACGAUAGCUUUUGGGGGGUUAUCCAGAAGAUCCGCAACGAUUACGAUAAGCAGCUUGCCGACGCUCCGGAGAAACUUAUCGAAACUAAAGUAACGCCCAGUCUUCCUAGUGAGACCCCUGUGCUAAAGCUCCCGCCGGGAACCAAGAUCAUUAUCCAAGAGGAGAUGUCUGGUGGUAGCGCCAAUGUGUAUCAAGGGACGGUCGAGAAUGUUGGCAAGGACGCUGACAUUAUUGAACAGAAAGCCCCAAUGUGGCUCGGGGACGUGUUACUGCAAAAUCUCGUCCCGUUCAAGGAGCCUGUCAAAAUUUCAUUUGUUCUUCAUCCCAUGGGGGGCUUGAUCGCUCUGUCCCCGGCAGAUGGAAAUAACAGAUUAAACGCCAACAGAAUGUUGCGUGUCAAGAAGAUCUUGGCUUACGUUGCCGAAAGGAUUGAGGAAGUGCCCGAGGAACCACAACCUAAUGCUCUGCCUCCUGAAAAAUAUUUGGAACUGUAUUGUAAUGAUCAGCUCCUUGACCCGCUGAUGAGCCUUGCAACGAUCCGUACGCAUGUGUGGAAGAGCGGUAACGACGUCGUCUUGUACUACAAGGCCAACGGACGCAAGGAGAUUAUACCGCCCAAGCCUGCAUCAUCGAUAAUCCCUGCAGAUACGCCCGGGGCCCCGAGUCCCUUGGGUGCGCCAACAGCAGCAUCUGAAUCUACUACUUCUACAACGACAGCAGUGACAUAA